AUGCAUAAUAUCAACAACCGAAACAAUAAUAAUCGUCGUAAUCCUCGUCAAACAAUAACGAAUAAUAAUAUAAAUAACAACAAUUCAUCAAGUAUUAUUCAAAGUACACCCACGUUACCAUCAACUCUACCAUUAUUAUCAUCAAAUAAAACUCAAUUAACUACUGAACAAAUUGAUAAAUUGAAAAAAGUAUUAGAUCGUCCAAUAUCCAAUUUAUUCGUCGAAUUCAAACAAAAUUUUUUGUCCAAUAAUAUUGAAAUCGAUAGUAUACGUUUAAAUGGUGGUGCAGCAUCGUAUGUAUUAACAACUGAUGAUGAUUUUGUCUAUCGUGAUUUAGAUAUAUUAUUUUUUGUUAAAUCACCAUUAAAUAGUGAACAAAAAACAAAUCUAUUUUCAAAAUCUGAAUCGCAUACAUGUGAUGUAUGGACAAUAAUCAAAUAUAUUGUCUGUGAAUGUUUACUAUCGUAUUUUAUAAAUAAUAAACAAGACGAUUAUUCACAUCAUUAUAUAUCAUCGUUAAUUGAUGCAUAUUCAAAUAAAAAUAUAAAAAUAACGCAUGACAACGAUUCUUGGGCAUUAUUAUCAUUGCAAAAUCCAUCGGGACAAAAUUUAGAAUUAAAAUUUGUUGAAAAAUUAAAACGUCAAUGGCAAUUUUCAGUUGAUUCAUUUCAAAUUGUACUUGAUCCACUAUUAACUUUUUCACCAACAACAUUAACAAAACAAGAAUUUAUUUUACCUAACACAAAAUCGAUAUGUCCAUCAAUAUCAUCGAUAACAAAAACAAUAACAACAAAAAAUUUAACGGUACAAGCAAUUAAUGGAUUAAAUAUAAUUAAACGACAACAGCAAGAUUUAAAUGAUAAUAGUGAAAUGAAUGUGAACAGUGAUGAUGGACAAGAUUUAACAUUUGGAUUUUUUACACCACUUUCAAGAUCACCCAUUCUAUCAACAUUACAUGAUGAUGAAAAUGAACAAGAAGAAACGGGAAAAUGUCAGACAUAUUCAUCAACAUUAGCGACAAUAACAACAAUAUCAAAUGUUUCCGAUGCCUAUGUGAAUUGUCUUGAGUCGAAAGAAGACAACGACGAAAAUGUUUUAAAUGAUAAUGCAAAAAAAUUUGAUAAUGGUGAUAAUUUAUUACAGUUUCAUAUAUCGGUGCAUGAAAAUGACAGUAGUGACGAUGGAAUUGUGAUGGAUGAAGAAGAUGAAGACGACGAUGAUAAUCAUACAAUUUUUUUAACACCCGCUUCUCCACCAACUACUCCUGUUCCAAUUACGAAAGCAGCAACAUCAAAUGAUCUAAUUAUUGAUGUUUACAGUGUUUAUAACGACAUUAAUGCAGCUAUUAAUCAUCUGAAUAACAAAUUGAUCUCAACCUAUGAACCUGAGCAAAUGCGUGGUGGUGGAUUAUUAAAAUAUUGUAAUUUAUUAGCACGUGGUUUUGUACCGGCUGAUCGUUUAACGUUAUCAAAAAUGGAAAAAUAUAUGUGCUCACGAUUUUUUAUUGAUUAUAAAUCUUUAGAUGAACAAGUAUAUAUUUUACGUGGUUAUAUCGAGUCACAUUUCGCACGAACAAUAAGUGCAUCGACUGUGUGUCUAUUUAAAGAUGAUAAAGGGGCAAUUUUACAGUAUAUUUAUCAUUUGAGACGACAGUAUUUUGAUGAAUGUAGACGUUUAUCGUUACCGUUUGAUAAUCGUGCAACAAUGAAAUUACAACAACAUCAUAUUUAUUAUUCAUCAUCGUCUAGUGCCAGUUCUACAUCUUCCGGUUCGCGUUCAUCAUCACCACAACGAAAUCGUUCGUACAAUAGUCAUUAUUAUUAUCAACAUCAUCGAAAUCAAAAUCAAUAUGUUUAUGCUAGUUACAACAGCAACAAUAUCAAUAAUAAUAAUAAUACAUUUCAUAAACGAAAUCAAAUGUCAAAUAUAAAUGUGAGACAGCAACAUAACAAAUUUCCACAACAAAAUUUGGAAAGAAAAUAUCAUUCCUGA